AUGAUGGACAACUUGAACCAACUGCAGAUUUACAGCACCGAGCUUGCCACCGCUUUUACAAGCUUCUUGAGCCAUUCUCAAAACAGCAAUUUCCAACAAGGUCCCAUCGCCCAGCCAGCCUCUGACAUGAAUGAAGUACAACGAGCUAGGGAGAAAAUAUUAUCGCUUCUUACAAAGAUCAGGACACUGAUAUGGGGUCCAACAGACUUCCUCCAACAUCUUGCGAGUCAGAACGAGAUCCUUGCUUGCUUGCAUUGGCUAGGAGAGAAUCAGAUCUUAGCCUGCAUCCCCUUGGCUGGAAGCGUUCCAAUUAAGGACAUCGCCGAUUUGACUGGGGUAUCAGCGACGCAGUUGAGCCGUAUCAUCCGUCUAGGUGCUACCGUCGGCUUCCUCGCCGAACCAAAAGCUGAUCAUGUUGCCCAUACGCAGCUCUCGGCGUCAUUUUUCUCGAAUCCCUCGCUUCUAGAUGCCGCAACAUUUCUCUCGGAAUUUGUGGCCCCGGCCACCCUGCAGGUGCCUCAGCAAGUUACCCAGCGGGCCAGCGACUCGCAGCCGCAGCAUUGUUCUGACAAUAAUGUCCUACCUUCAGUCGAAUUAUUCCAUGUUGCACGUGAGCGGCGGCCAAAGAUAAAUCGUCAGUGGCCAGCAUAUCUGCACCACGUGGGAGGGGUGUACACUGCCAAGGACGUGGCCGCAAUUCUUACCCAGCUCAACUGGGCGAAAAUCGGCAAUGUGCCUGAUGUUUGCAUAGUUGAGGUCAACGUGCAGCCGUUAUCAAGCUCAAUAGGCCAAUGUCUUGCUGAAAUAUACCCAACCCUGUACUUUAAUGUGCAAGUCCUUGACCAAGAGCCUGGUGUGGCAUCUGGACGAGAGCUGGAGGACUUCAAUCCUCGCCUCACGAUUACCGGCCGCACUUUAGGUAAACGACAGGCUGUCAGCGAGGCAGUGGUCUACAUCCUCCACCUCCCAUCAGCCUCACCAAGCUUAGUUCUCAAUGAGCUCACGGCCCACCUCGACGCCCUUCGCACCCGCGGUAGCAUCAUGCUCAUUCUGACAGCUCGUGUACUCCCCGAACUGGGUAGUCUGUCCGACCCUGGAGCAGAGGCCACAGCGCGCUCACGCGAUCUAUCCUUGCUGCAGCUGACCAAUGAAGGCGAAAUGGAAAUGGACGAGCUGCUCGAGGUUAUAGGUACAGUCAGAGAUAACACCGGGAAGUUGGUGGUGACAAAGAAACUCUGUGCUCGUAAUGGCUUGAUCGUCGCUUUGGUAGUCAAGUACCAGGCCGGUCAGUCUAUGCGUGAAAUCUAG